AUGACCACUACGGAGAUGUACAGCACAGCAGAUUACUAUGAUUACACAGAACCUUGCAUUCAGGAGUCUGCUUUGAACCCGAUGGCCAUGGCUGCCGUCUUCUACCUGGUUUUUGCCCUUGGGCUUCUGGGUAACAGCAUGCUGUUGUGGAUGCUGCUGAAGAUUAUGCGAAUCAAGACCAUGACAGAUGUGUGUCUGCUGAACCUGGCCGUUUCCGACCUGAUCACCGUGUUCUCGCUGCCCUUAUGGGCGCUUUCUACCCAGGGACAUUUACCUGAUGCUGAUUGGCUCUGCAAACUCAUGGUCGUUACCUAUCAGCUGGGCUUCUACAGUGGUAUACUUUUCGUGAUGUUAAUGAGUAUCGACCGCUAUUUAGCCAUUGUCCACGCAGUGGCAUCACUGGGAGCAAGAACUUUGUGUUACGCCGUUACCGCUAGCUUUGUCAUCUGGACCGUUUCCUUCUGUGCUGCAUUUCCAGCAUCCUAUUUCCACAAAAUGAUUAAGGAUGAGAACCUCGUGGCACAGUGUGAAUGGGAUCCCGGCAAUGGAUCAGUCAAGACGUGGAAGCUGUUACUGAAUUUCAGCCAAUAUCUAUUACAGAAACAUGAAGGACAUGAGCAGGAGCAGGAGCAGGUGGACUUGUUUGAGUGUAAAAUGAUAAGAACAAGUUUAGAAUCAGAAUCUCGAGCUGUAGCCAUGUUUCAUCCCGUAGGUGUUUUCGCAUGA